GUGCGGGUGUUGCUAUGGCAACAAAUGUUUGAGCCAGCGGCGUUGAGAUAAAAGUGGAAUAACUUCUCUGAGUCAUAGUGCCAGCUAAUAUUCUACUAGCUUGCCACAUCGAUUAAAAAAACACCGCCUUUGACUGCGUGUUAUUUGCGCAUUAUUUGCAAUGCCGCCUAAAAGAAAAAGCUCAAGUAAAAAUCCAGAAAAGGCAAGGACGCCCACACUGAUAGACGGCCUUACCAAGGAGGAGAUGUCCAAGGAGCAGCUGGAAGAGCACAUUGUGCGCCUUCGAGAGGAGCUGGAUCGAGAGAGGGAGGAGAGAAACUACUUUCAGCUGGAGAGGGACAAGAUCCACACCUUUUGGGAUGUCACAAACAGACAACUAGAGGAGGUGAAGGCUGAACAGAAAAAUUUAGAUAAGGACAUAGAGGAGGAUGAGCGCCGCCACCUUGUAGAUAUCAGGGUCUAUAAGCAGAAGAUGAAGCACCUCCUGUGUGAAAAGGAGAACACAAUCGCUGAGCUGAAAGCAGAUGGUUUGGUCUCCACUGAGCUUGUGCAGAAAAAGCAAGAACAAUUGGAGACUGAACUUCAUAAGGAAAUGAAGGCCAUCAUGGUAGACUUGCAGGGGCUCGACAUUGAAGACCUUGUCAAGGAGCUUGAACUGAAACAUGAUGAAGAAAUGUCUAAAACGCGAGACACCUGGGAGAAGCAGCUCACAGAAAUUAAAGCCAAGUAUGACAAAAAGAUGGAGUUGCUGAUACAAGAGCUUGAGAACAUGAGGAAAAACAAGUUCAGUGAGAGAGAGGAUCACUGGAACAGCUACAUUGCCGCUCUUCAAGAAGACCACAGCAAAGCUCUCAGCGACGCUGAUGUACUUGUAAAGGAAAUGCAGGAGGAUAUGGAGAUGGUGAAUGAUUCAGUCAAGAAACAAAUAGACGACAUGACGAUGAAACAGGAGGAGAAGAAAAAGAACCUGGCCCCUGCCUUGCAGAAUAACAAACGUCUCGCUAAGCUUCUCUCUAAAGCUAUGGAGGAAACUGCUGAAAAAGAGAAGAAAUUGAGCUACAAAGGAAUGACAAGAGACACCAGUGAAAAGGUCAAGAAGAAGCAGCUAAAUGAUUUGAAAUGGGAACACGAGGCACUGGAACAGAAAUUCAGCAAGCUUCAGCUGGAAAGGGACCAGCUGUAUGAGAGAUUCUCUCAGAAUAUUCAGAAGAUGCAGCAGAAAGCGAGUGUGAAGAGCGAGCUGCUGGAAAGGCAGCUAGACACUCUGACAGACCAUCUGGAGAAGACACAGGCUCAGCUGAGUUUGGUGCUUUCUGCAUCUAACGUGGACCAAACUUCCCUCGGUGGGGUCACAAACAAAGUUGAGCAAAACCUUGAAUCCAGUAACAAUACAAUCAAGAACUUACAAUGUAAAAAAGCUCAGAUUUCCAAGGCUCGCAAGGAUUUGCUGCUGACCUUUGAAGCAAAGCAAAGGGCACUUGGUGUCCCUGUAGAGGUACUGUGUGUGAAGCCCUCUGACAGCAGUGUCGCUGGGAAAAGUCUGGAACAUCUUGAGUUUGCCCCUAAAUGAGAAUUCAAUGAAAUGAAAGACUGAGAGCAGCCGGGGUAGUUUCGAGUAAAAGGUCCUCGACGCUCCUGAUUCAGGCUGCCCUCCAGAGGCAGAGAUCAGAGACAAGAGAGACAGUGAAAUUAAGAAAACAGGGUUUAAAAUUCUGGUAUAACAGAUAAAAAGGUUAUAAUGCUUUUAUUUUCUGCCCUUUUCUGCUAAUUAUCACUGCCUUAAGAGCCUUCCCAUCUAGCAGUCCUCAGAAAAAACCCAGGACCUACAAACAAAAUGUGUAACUUCUGUUUCUCCAUUUGAAGUAGUUUAUUAAAAUAAACUGUUUUGGGUUAUAUAUCAUUUUUUGCAUCAUCAUUUAGCAAAUAUAUCAUAAGUGUGUCACAUGUUUAUGUUUUGCUAUGUGUCUGUCCAUGUAUUAUUAAGAUUUAUAUUGAAAUGGAUACAGUAAGUGAAUAUGGAAUUAAAUACAAAAAUCAAACUCGA